GCUGCUGAUCUACCAGAGAUUCCUCCUCCACCUUCCUAUGAUGAUUUGGACACCACUACUGAUCCUGUCAUUGAACCCAGUACUGAGUAUAAUACUGUGUCUUCUCAGGCUGCACCAAAUGAAUGUUUUUAUUUUGAAGCUGAAAAAGUAUCACAAAUCACUGAAACUAACACCCUUUGUGUUUUACCACCAGUUGAACAACCAAGAGAUGGUUAUGAGGAUCACUCAAGUCGUUGUUUUGAAUAUCACCCAACGCCAAUGGUGGUAUUCAACAGUGAAGGUAAUUAUGAAUCUACUUCUCUUCCUGUUUCGGCAUUUGUUGAUCAAAAUAAUACCAAUAUUGCUGCUGUUUCUACACAAGUUGAAGAAAAGACUUUUCUCUUUCAUGAUUCAUAUGAUGAUUGGACUAAAAUGUCACUUGAAAAUGAUGAGGAAUCUGGUCAUUCUGAUGUAUUAAUAGCUCCUCAUAUUGUAGUAUUAGUGCAUGAAUUUGAUAUAGGAGAUAUUGAUGUAAAGAAGAAUGAAAAUGAGCCAGCUUUAGUGAGGAUGAAUGACAAAAUUGAUGAUUUUGAUAUUACUGCUAUCACCAUUGCCUAUCCUCUUGGUACAGCAUUUUCAAUGACAAGCAUUGCAACAACAAAAAUGAAACACUUUAACAAGAUGCUGUACAUAGCAGCAACUGGGGGCCAACCUGAAUUCAACUUUGAAUAGAGUGCAAAUAUCCAGUUUAUU